CGUAAGGUAGCUAAAUGCGCGAAAUUUAAAGAGGCUUUUAAAAGAACACAAAUAUCGAAACGAUUAAAAAUGGAUGUGUCAAUGAAAAGUUCAGAUUUAUCAGAUUAUGAUGACAUAACUGAUAUUUCAAAUGAUGAAGCAGAAGAUUCUUUAAAUGUGCAAGUUUUAGAAAAAAAUACAACACACAUUUGCAAUUCUAUUGAGGAAGCUUCAAAAUGUCUUGUUUUAGAUAAUGAACAAAACAACAUAUUAGAUAACAUGUACAUUUACAUUUGUGAUUCUGUGGAAGAAGCUGAUCUAUGUCUUCAAAAUUAUGAGAUAUAUAAUUCUGUUCGGUAUGCUGCCUUUUCAACCCCAAAGAACUUUGGUUAUACAGAUAUGCAUGCUGAUAAUCACAAAGUAUUGUGGGAAAUGUCCUCAGACUUUCAUAACACUCCUUUUAUUAUUCUGUCAACAAAAAGAUUUGACUGUCAUCAUGGCUUUGAUAAAAAUUCUUGUAAAAAGCAGAAAUAUAUAAAAGCAAAAGAAAAUCAGAUUCUCAAACAUUGACCAGGAAUGCUUAGAAAGCAAAAUAAAAGAGUGGAAGAAUAGAGAUGAUUCUUAACAUCCAUUUUGAACCAAAAGUGAGUGAACAUGAAGAUGAGUUCGUUUUUGUUUACCAAGCAGGCUGGCAAAAGAAACUGCUCAAUAAAUAUGGGAAUGAAAUGAUCUUUUUAGAUGUGACAUACAAAACCAUUCAGUAUUCGUUGCCCUUGUUUUUUUUAGUUGUAAAAACUAAUGUUGAUUUCCAAAUUGUAGCAACAUUUGUUUCAGAAAAUGAAACCUUUGAAUCAAUUAAAAAAGCAUUGAAUGUAAUAAAGUAUUGGAAUAUUGAUCUAAAACCCUUAUAUUGUAUGACUGCUUAUUAUAAUGAGGAAAUGCGAGCUGUGGAAAC